UAGCACAAUCAAGCAAAUCAUAUCUCACGACUUCCGGCAAAAACUUGCAAGCGGGAAGACGGUUUUAAAACAAAGAAAAGACGCUGUUUCAGACAAAACGUUAGAUUUCCAAUGCAGCAAAGACGCUAAAGUGCAAUUAUGAGCUCAGCAAGCAAGGUUGGGGAAAUCUUCACUGCAGCUGGUGCUGCAUUCAGUAAGCUGGGAGAGCUAACCAUGCAACUUCAUCCUUCCGCUGAACCCACAAAUGCAAGUGGGAAGUGGACAGAACAAGAAAUUGACGCCUUACGUAAUUCUGUGAAGAGAUUCGGAGAUGAUCUGAACAAGAUCAGUGACGUUAUAAAAAUAAGAACAACCUCCCAGAUCCGAACCCAGUUAAAGCGUAAGGCAUAUGAGGAUGCCGGCUUGCAGCCACCCUCAGAACAGAGCCCCAAGAAACAGAGCACUCAACAGAAACAGGCUCAGCAGCAAACUGUCGUUGUUCAGCAACAACAGGCUGCCAAAAACCAGGAAAUCAGAGAGGUAACGUUAAGUGCCCUGAAUGCACCAGAAAGUGAUGUGGACAUAGAAGGACUCGGGGACGCUGGCACGUCCAAGAAACUUGACUUCGAUUCAGGUGAAUAUCUGGACUCCAGCCUUUUGUGAAUAAGGAACACAUAAUCCUGAGAAAUGGACUUGGAGCUUAAACAUUUACCUUGUGUAGGGAUGAUUGGUGCAAUACUUCCGAGCAGCUAGCCGGCCAGUGACUGUCAAAGUCAGCAUGGCAUAUUCAUGUUAGCUUAUCGUUAUCAUGGAUGAAAGUUAUGAUGUGAUUAAAGUGUGUCUUUUAUUUAAGGGCAGCUUGUGUUUUAUUUAAUGGCACUUUUAUAAAGUGAUCAGUAUAUGAAUGGAUGUUGAUUUAUUCAUUUAGAGAUUUCUUGAAAUUUUACUACCAAUACAUUUGUUUUCUAGUUUGGAAAAACGACUGUGGUUGGUUACCAUUAAAAAAUAAGGACAUGCUUAAAGUUCGGUCUUGUAAGUUAUGUUAAAUCCUAUCAUUUUGGUUACAGCCUGGCCCUUAUUUCUUAAAAAAACUUUUAAGUAUCUUAAUUAAAUGUGUUACAAAAGUAUAUUAAAAACAAGAAUUACAGGGAUUUUUUUACCUGGGUAUACUAUUUCAGAAGGGGAAUGGGGCCAAAAUUCAUGCUCUAUAAGGGCAAGAAAUUCAGCCUUGGAAGGCCCUGUCCCCAUUUCCCUACUGCCAAGAGACAUCUGUAGAUGCCAUAGUAGAGUCUCAGCAAUAUAAACAUCUAUCACAGAGUGAUUAAAAUUGUCUGAAAUGUUUUCAAUUUGUGAGCUAAUUUGUUGAGACAGAUCUGAUUUUAGUGAUCAACAUUAUAUUUCUAUUUUGUAAUAAACAUGUUUGAUGUGUGUGGAUGCACUGGUGUUGUUUCAUUCACUUAGAUGUAUUGUAAAACCAGUGUAUAUGUCAUUUAAAGAAUACUUGAGAUUUAGUGUAUACUUGUUCAUACAUUUGUUUUAUUGUUUAGAAGUAAGCAGUAAUGGAAAUUGGCACUUUGUGCUUUUCUUUGAUGAUCUCAGAAUGAUUUUUCAAAUCUUUACAAAAUAAUGUGUUCUUGAUGUAUCCUGGGAAGAUAGUGAUAACAAUUGUGUCUUGAUAAUUAUAAAUCAAUUAAAAAUCUGCAUCGACUUAACUAGUGAUGUCUUGAUGAUCCGAUUAUAAUCGAAAAUUGAUUGGUUGGGCCUGAAGUCAGCGACAAUGAGUUGUAUUUUGUCAUAACGAUCAUAGAUUCAACCGGCAAUUUUUUCUUAUUCUUUCCUCUUGUUAUUUGCGUCAACUGGUAAAAUGUUGCUAAAGCUUUUAAGAUGUAUUUUGUGCUGUAUUUUAUAAAUGCUGCAAGGAAUGACUUCAUAAAAAUAAAGACCAGUUUUAUCCUUUUUAAUCAUGUUAAUGAUUGGCAAACAUGCUUGUAUUCUUGUGUACAGUGUAAAUAAAUACUUAAAGAAUUUGAAA